AUGUCUAUCGUACUUACCCCUUACUGGUCACCGGAUGAGGGCAUCCAGAAGCUCAAGAUAGAAGCUCGGGCUCCAGCUGCGCCAGGCCUCGCGCCACCAGUUUUCAGUACGAAAGCUCAGUUGGAUCGUACCCUUCUCCAAUUACGCUCCAGGACAUCCCCUAUCGAGAAAUAUACGUUCCUUGCGCAAGCCAAGCAAGCAGAUGUCGAGGCCUUUUACAAGCUAUGCCUCGAGUACAUGCCAGAGAUCAUACCUAUAAUCUACACACCAACUGUCGGUGAUGCAUGCCUACAGUACUCAAAAAUUUACAGGAACCCCGAGGGUUUGUUCAUCUCUCUCAAGGACAAAGGCAGAAUUGGGAACAUUCUGCGCAACUGGCCCCUUGCGAACGAGGCUCGGAUCAGCGUUGUCACGGAUGGUUCACGAAUACUUGGGCUCGGUGACCUUGGUGCAAAUGGGAUGCCCAUUGCCGUUGGCAAACUCUCUCUUUACGUCGCCUGUGCUGGUAUCCGCCCAUCGUCCACUCUCCCCAUCACGCUUGACCUUGGAACUGACAACUCCUCUAACCUUUCCGACCCCUUGUAUCUUGGGCUGCGCCAACGCCGGCCCCUUGAUGCGGAAUAUGAUGCCUUCAUGGAUGAGUUCAUCACCGAGAUGGGACGUGUCCACCCCAAAGUUUUGGUGCAAUUCGAGGAUUUUUCCACCGACCAUGCAUUUUCCUACCUUGAGCGUUUUCGUAAUAGGCUCCCACUGUUCAACGAUGAUAUCCAAGGUACAGGUGCUGUUGUCCUUGCAGGGCUGCUUUCCGCUGCACGACUGGUUCCCAUCCCGCGCAACGAACAUAGAAUCUUGCUAUUUGGCGCCGGAAGCGCCAGUGUAGGAGUUGCUAAGCAGCUUAUGAGCUUUUUUACAAUUACUGGGGUGAGCGAGGAAGCAGCCAGGAGUCAAAUCUGGCUCGUGGAUUCGAAGGGACUCGUUUACGUCGGCAGGGAAGAGGUUGCUGACUACAAAAUGUGUAUGCCCCCUUUUCUUUGGAGAGGUGGUUCACACCUAACAGGCUAUGUCAUAGAUUUCGCAAGGAGGCAUUACACAGGUGUUCCAAUGAAAGACCUUACAGAAAUUGUCAAGUAUGUGAAGCCAACUGUGCUCCUUGGUCUCUCGACAAUCGCGGGUGCCUUUACCCCGGAAGUCAUCCGUCAGAUGUCGCAGAACACGCCUCGCCCUAUCAUCUUCCCUCUCUCCAACCCCGUCCAACUCUCAGAGUGCACGUUCACUGAGGCUCUCAUACACAGCAACGGCACCGCAAUCUUCGCAAGUGGCUCGCCAUUUGGAAGCGAGGUCAUCGGUGGCGUCAGGAGGGAACCGGGUCAGGGUAAUAAUAUGUACAUCUUCCCUGGGCUUGGUUUGGGUGCGAUACUGUGCCGCGCCAAGAGCGUGACAGAUAGCAUGGUACAAACGGCUGCGUUCAGAUUAGCGGGUUCUCUUUCGUGGGAUGAACGGGCACUAGAGCUCGUGUACCCUCGUAUCGAGCGCAUCAGGGAGAUCAGUGCACAUAUUGCUGUCAAGGUGAUACGGGCAGCGCAGCAGGCGGUAUGUAUAGACAACUCGACGGAUCUGAAAAGAAUGAAUGAUACAAUCUUAUUAGAGUUUGUCAAGGGCAAGAUGUGGAACCCUUAA